AUGGAUGAAAAAUCACCAUUGGUGCAAAAACAAAAUAGAUCAAGCCGUUGGACCCGGGAAUUCAUUUUAUCUUACGCAUUACUAUAUGGAUUUGCUUUAAAUAUUACCGGUCGAGCCGAACCUCAGUUCAUCUACGCACACCUGAAAGAACAUACUAAUUUGAAUGAAACAAAUAAUGUGACAACAUCAAAACCGAAAGAAUGUGGUCAGAAUAACGAGGAUAACAUCCAAGAACAAGCUUCUAGUUGGACUUGGUAUUUCACAGUUUCAGAAUAUGGAGUGGCCAUACCUAUUGUGAUUUUGGUUGGUCCAAUGGCUGAUCGAGUUGGCCGAAAGCCUAUUUUAUUGUGGAAUGCAGUAUUUACAUUUCUAUCGUUUGCUUUUCGGACAGUGAUUGUAUAUAUGUCUAUGGAUCUUUAUUGGUUGAUUAUUGCUCAUGUAGUGAGUGGUAUAUCAGGAACCUUCUACACGUUUGAUUUAGCAAACCAUGCCAUAAUGGCAGACAUUACAGAUAACAAAGAAAGAUCGUUUCUUAUGGUAAUUUUCGAUUCUUUUCUUGGAAUUUCUGUUACCUGUGCACAAUUACUCACUGGAUAUCUAAUAGAAUUAACAGGAUAUACUUAUCCAUUCUUAAUAACAUCAGUUGUUCUUUUGUUGUAUAUUUUGUUGGUUUAUGUUACAUUGAAAGAUACAUGUAGACAACUGGAAACAGGACCUAAGCUUUCGAUAUCGUCUUUUCUUAUGCAGAUAUUUACCUUAUUCCGUCAAAAAUCUGUAGUGACUGUAUCUAUUUUCCAUUUUAUUCUAUUUUUCAUUGUGUAUAUUUUGUACUAUUUUCCAUUUAAUUCAUUUGUGACAAUAAGAACGCUAUACCAACUUGGUCCACCAUUUUGUUGGAAUCCAGUUCAUGUGGGAUGGUUUGGUGCAGGUGAAGAUAUAGAAUUAUUCAUAGUGGCAACCUUCAUAAUGAAAAUUCUACAGUAUGUUAUCGUAGAUGAAACGAUUGCCGUAUUAGGAUUGGUUUCUUCAGUUGGUUGUUUUGUAUUUUAUGGUCUGUCAGACACUGACUGGAUGCUUUAUGGAGCCACAGCAGUUGGUUUGUUAAGGAUUCUUUGUAUACCGUUACUGAAAGCGAUCAUGUCUAGAUUAGUUAUUCCUGAAAAACAAGGUGUGUUGUUUUCCAAUAUCUGUCUUGUAGCAGCCGCUUGUGCGGUGGGAGGUUCAUCAGUGUUCAACAAUAUUUACUAUGAAACAAGACCUUUAUACAAAGGUUUGGUAUUUUUCGUGAUGGCUGGAUUCCAGUUACUGGGCACCAUUUUGAUACUGUACGCCAUUUUGAGAAAGUCUUCAACAAGCAACACUGACUUGGUGGUCCAUAAUCCUGACAUUCAGACAGAAAGAAUUGAAAAAUGA